GGCGUUGAUAAAUCGCCGGUCUCGCUACAGAGUUUCUUCUUUUGUAUCUGUACUCUUUAACUACAUUUUCUGUCCAGCGGAUAGAUAACCCUGUCUCUCUUUUGGCUUACGCUGAGUGAGGGGGAGCAAGGCUGUCAAAUUUAAGUUUCUACCCUAUUCUUCCUCUAAAACAUUCCAACCUUUUGCACUUUUGGUGGCACAAGGCGCCUAGUUCCGACACCGGCUGUCAUAAUGAAGGCAAUAAUCCAGCGUGUGCUCUCUGCGUCUGUGACGGUAGAAAAGGAGCUUGUGUCGUCCAUUGGCCGAGGCGUGCUCGUGUUUGCCGCGGUUGCGCCUGGCGACACAGAAAAGGAGGCUGAUUCACUGGCCAACAAAGUUGUCAAGAUGAAACUUUGGGACGACGAGGAUGGGGGACGAUGGAAAAGGAGUGUAACAGACAUUGAGGGCGAGGUUCUAUGCGUAUCUCAGUUUACCCUGUUGGCAAAGACGAAGAAGGGCACCAAGCCAGAUUUCCACGGCGCGGCGAAUCCCGAAGAAGCGAGUCGGCUCUAUCACUACUUUGUCCAGAAGGUCAAGGACAUGUACCAAGUGGAUCGAGUCAAGGACGGUAAAUUCCAGGCCAUGAUGGAGGUUGCCCUUGUUAACGAUGGACCGGUUACCUUGGAACUCCAAGCCGGCGCACCGGUGUCUGAGAGGUAGUGUGAAACACGAUGAUGGCGACAUGAUGCAUACGAUGAAUGGGAUAGAAUUCAAUACAAGAUAUAGAGUAUAUGUAUUGCCUUGUUUUGAAUGGAUACAAGAUGGCAAUAUAGAGCGAUUGGGGUUACUACUUGAUGCCUAAACAAGUGCUGGGCUAUAGCUGAUGAUGAUGAUAAUUCAAUAGCGGCAUGUUAGAUCUAACUACUAAGGUAGGUAGGCCACCACAGGUGACUGGUCACUUGCAUUGAUUUCAAAUUUGAGUGCUGUUCAUUACAGCAGUAAGAUGGAUAGAGAAAGAAAAUCC